AUGAAUAAAAUCGCAUAUUCAUAUGUGGAUGAACAUCUAAUUUCUCCAUCAUUAAUCUGUCCUAUAUGCCUCGACAUCCUUGAAGAUCCUCAUACACAUACACCUUGUGAUAGCGCAUUUUGUCGUUCAUGUAUAUUACAAUUAGCUGAACCAUUAUGUCCAAUUUGUCGAUGGACAUGGGAUGAUGCAAUUCCUCUUCAAUAUAAUAUUUAUUUACCCAAAGCUAAUCGACUAAUACGAAAUAUGCUUGAUGAUUUACUUGUACAAUGUAUUUAUUGUCAUACGAUUCGUCGUCGAGGACAAUUUGAACAUGAAUGUCAGCCAAUUGAAGAACGAUUAGUUAGAGAACAUAUUCAAAUUAUACCAAGAAAAAAAUUAGUACAGUAUCAAAUGAUUUUAAGUAUUUUAGGAAUAGUUUUAUUUCUUUUAUGCAUUUAUUAUUAUCGAAAAUAUGUUUUUGAAAAAGUUAUUGAUCGUCGUAGUGAAAUAAUCAAAGAUAUUGGUUACAAUAUUGAUUAUUUUUUAUUAGAAACAAUAUAUUGUUUAAUAAGAAAAAUAGUAGAAUAUUCAAUGACAGUAUUUAUAAUUAAUAUCGGUUUUUGGUUUAGUAUAAUAUGUUUUGGAGAUCGUAUUAUAUCAAAAAGAAAUAAUAGAAUGUUAAAAAAUCUUCUUGAAAUAUCAAUUAUUGUUAAUCUGAUUAUUUAUUCGAUUUCUAAUUAG